AUGACGAUCCCCACCACCCCAGUAACCGUGAUUACCAAAAUCCCUGUCAUAGAUUUCUCAAAUGAGGAUUGCUUGAAGCCGGGGACAAGUUCUUGGCUCUCUGUUCGCAAGGAGGUUUGCUAUGCACUUGAAGAGCUUGGCUGUUUCUCUGCAAUACUACCUGAAACUUUAGCUUCUUCUGGGCUUCGCAACACCAUGUUUGGUGCUGCAAACGAGUUGUUCGAUUCUCCUAUAGAAAUUAAAACACAAACCAAUAGCGAAAGCAGGAAAGGCUUAUUUGGCUAUUUCAAGGGGAAUUCUGCCCAUGAAAACUUGGGAAUUUGGAACCCUUCAAACCCAGAAGAAACCAGCAAGUUCACGAAGCUCUUUUGGCCUAAUGGGAACGACCAAUUUCGUGAUGGGGUGGCUCUUUAUACAAAAUUGAUGGAAGAUUUAGAUCAAGCUGUGACAAGGAUGGUGUUCGAAAACUAUGGUGUAGAUCAGUACCAUGAAGACCACAUUCGAUCAAGUCUAUAUGCUUUGCGAUAUAAUAAGUACUUAGAUCCCAAGAAAGCUAGAGAAGAUGUGGGUUUGCGUAGUCAUACAGAUAAGAACUUUACCAGCAUACUCCAUCAAAAUGUCAAUGGUCUUGAAGUGAAUACCAAGGAGGGGGAGUGGAUAGGUUAUGAUCCUCAUCCUUUGUCAUCAUCCUUCCUGUUUAUAGCAAGUGAUGUAUUUCAGGCUUGGAGCAACGAUAGAAUCAGGGCAUGUAGACAUAGAGUCACCCUCAGUCACAUAAAAGAGGAUGGGGUAAGAUACUCGUUGGGGCUCUUUUCACUCAAACAAGGGAUCACCCACAUUCCCAAGGAGCUUGUGGACGAUGAACAUCCCUUGAGAUACAAGCCAUUUGAUCAAAUUGAGUACAUUCAAGCACAAGCUGCAGGAGUUGAGUGCACCCUUAAGGAAUUUUCUGGAAUUUGA